UCCAUUGAGGCGGUAGUGUUGGUACUCGGUGCGCUCCCCCCGCCGCACCGCCUCACCCCCGCCAUCGCCCUCCGCGCCCCCCGCGCGUGUUUUGACUUAUUUUUGUCAAACGAACGCCAUAUUGUUUUAUUGUAGCCGAUAAUUGGCAUUUCACUAUUUUUCGAACAUAAGCAUUUAGCACCAAAGUUUUAAAAUUUAUUGUAAAUUAAAUUAUUACCCUAAUUAAUUAUCUGUGUCAAUUUAAAUCAGUCAGUGCCGUGUUUAAAAAGAUGUGUGCGUAAUGUGUUUCUAAAAAUAAGUUGCAGAAAUAACUGUUUCCGAAUUUGUUUUUGUGCAUCGCCUAGUGUUUAAAAUUGGAUGCGUUUUGUAUAUUUCGUAUCGAGAUAAAAGAAAUGUGAGUUCUGUGUGACGCGAACGUGGACCGCCUUUGUGUGGAUUACCCUAUUAUGGAGAAACCGUCGUACAAGCUGGUGGGCGCUCCGUGCGGGCAGCACGGCCAGUACACGUUCUACAAGGCGAUCAAGCUGACGGGCCUCCUGGAGCGGAUCGUCGCCAUCGGAGACUUCUUCUUCGUCAAGAUAUGGCAGGACUCCGAGCUCAUCUCCAUAGGCGAGCUGCAGCUGCUGUGGACGGAUCGCGUGUCGGACCAGACGCUGGUGUCGUUGCGGCUGUACUUCCUGCCCGAGAACACGCCCGACGGCCGCGGACAGCACGGCGAGCACGAGGUGCUGGCCAUCAACGACAAGGUGGUGUUGCGCGCGGAGGACCUGCUGAGCUGGGUGUGCGUGGGGCGCGAGUGGCGGUGGGGGCUGCGCGCGGUGUGGCGCGGGGACUGCGCCCCGCCCGCGCCGCCCUCCCCCGCCUCCGCGCCGCCCGCCCCCACCGCGCCGCUGCACCACACCAGGCUCGACUUCAGCGACGUGGAGAAGGAGAAGAGCGCCAUCACGAUAGACGAGGAGGCGCCGGGUGUGGUGGUGUUCUCGUACCCGCGGUACUGCCGGUACCGGGCGCUGGUGGCGCGGCUGGAGGGCAUCCAGGCGCGCUGGCUGCGGGACUCGCUCGUCGCCGCGCUCGGCGGGUACGCCGCGCCCACCAAGAACACACGGAUACUGUAUUGUAAGGACACUUUCGAGUACCCCGAGCUGGAGGGGCACGAGUUCGUGUGCAACCACCUGUCGCCCAAGCUGAAGGGGCGGCCGCGGGGGCGCCGGCGCCGCGCUGCAGACCGCUCGCCCGGCCGCUCGCCCGCGCGCUCCGACUCCAGAUCCAGCGAAUCCGACGGACGACACACGCCAGACAACAAGCAGACGCAUAGACGACUCUCCCUCCGGAACGGGCCAGACAAGGAGAGAGGGCCGGACAAGGAGAGAGGGUCGGACGACGUGACGGUGGAGAACGGGGAGGCGCGGCCGAGCCCUGAGGACGAGGCCUUCAUGUCGCAGCUGAUAGACUUCUACCGCGACAAGAGCGACACGCUCAAGAUCGCGCACACUCUCAAACACAUGUCGCUGCGACUGAUCUACCUGGGCGUGGUGUCGCGCGGCGGGUACGAGGCGGUCUGCCGCGACAAGCUGUGGCGACACCUCUACGCCGACCUCGGCCCGCGCGUACGACGCCUGUACGAGAGAUGUCUCCUCCCCUUCGAGAACCACGAGCGGCGGCUCAGCAAGAAGCACAUGAAGGGGCUGAACGGUAAAGUGGAGGAGAAGGCGGAGCCCAUAGAGGUGGGGGACUCCCCCCUGCGCGACGACAAGCGCCUGCGCACCCCCUCCCCCCACCUCGACAACGAGACGGGGGAAGUCCUGAAGGACGACAUCACGGUCACGUCGAAACCGGCGGAGGAGCUCAACCGCGAGUUCCUGGACUCCCUCCCCGAGCCCGACAAGCCCGCCAAGAUCUCCGUCAAACCGGUAGAGAAGCUGAUAGAACCUGGCCUCAAGAGCGAUGCCUUCGACGCCGAAUACAAGGACAAGGACGACGACAAGCGAGACGGCUACGACGCACACAAAUAUAUCGGCAACUCGGAGGGCGGAGUCGGAGGGGCGUGGCGCGUCCCGCCCGCGCGCGCGCCGCUCGCCGACCUUGGCCCGCUCGCCGCGCUCACCGACAAUCACAACGGACACGCCCAGAAGAGUCGUCCGGCGGGGCGGAGCUCCCUGCGCGCGGUGCGGGUGAAGCCGGCGCGGCCCCCGCCUCACCCCGCGCCGCACCCCGCCCCGCACACCGCCCCCGCCAACACGCAGCCUGCGCCGACGUCAUCCGGCCGGCCGGGCCCCUCCCCGCCCAACAACUUCGGCAUCCACCACCCGCCGCCGCCCGCGCCCCCUGCCCCGCCCGCGCAGCCGCCCGCCCCCGCCCCACCCCACAGCGACGACGACAUCGUCGAGGUCCCCUACAAGCCGAAGAGCCCCGAGAUUAUCGACCUCGACGAGUACCCGGAGAGCCCGCAGGCCGUCAAGCGGCGGAAGCUGGACAUCCUGAAGGAGCGCGGGCUGGAGGUAACGGCCGUGCCGCCGGCGUGGGGCGCCGUGCCGCUGCCGGGGGCGGUGCCGCUGCUGCCCGCGCCGCUACUGCACCCGCUGCUGGCGCCGGCGCAGCUCUACCAGAUGUACAACAUCCUGCCGCCCUCCUACCCCAACGGCGCGCCGGCGCCCAAGGUGAUCCAGGCCGUGAGCGCGUUUGGCACCGCCGGGCCCGAGAAGACCGUGUACGGCAACCCCAAGGACCCGUUCAUGCCGCCGCCGCACGUGCUGGGCUGCGCGCCCGUGCGCCCGCGCCCGCUGUCCCCUCCCGCGCGCGACGUGCUCGACCUCACCUGCCCGCAGCCCGAGCGCGGCGCCCUUGAGAUCGUGCGCGUGCCCUCCGCCCCCUCGCCCGCCGCCCCAGCGCCCCCCGCCGCGCAGAACCUCGCCAAGAACUACACGCUGCUGGACGGCAAGGCCGUGGUCGGCUCCAACCUGGAGAUCACGCUGGUCGACCCCAAGGCGCAGACCCCGCCCAAGCAGCGGCCGCCGCAGAAGCGCAACUCGAACGGCAAGUUCGCGGCCAAGACGCCGACGCCGACGCCGCCGCGCGAGUCCCGCUACACGCCGGCCUCGCCGUCCGGCAAGCGCGCGCCGCCCCCCCCGGUGCGGGACGAGUCGCCCACCGGCUCGACGGGGUCGCGCGACUCCGCCUCGUCGGGCUUUCUCAACGCGUUCAAGGCGCCGGGCGGGGCGGGGGGCGUGGCGGCGCAGGCGGGGCUGGCGCUCGACCCGCUGUACGUGAGCUCGCUGUACGGCGGGCUGGGCGGGCUGGGCGGCGCGCUGGGCGGCGGGCUGGGCGGGCUGGACCAGCGGCAGCUCGCGAUGUACCGCGAGUUCGUGGCGUCGCAGUUCCGCGGCUACUCGGGGCUGCUGAACAUCGGCCCGCCCACCACCAAGAAUUAGUGAGCCUCUAGUCCGUUAGUGGCCGGCCGGCGGCGGCGCUGUCGGCGGCCGUUUAUUUUAUUGUGAUAUGAUAGUCCAAUAGCGAGCGCGCCUCGUUGAUCUCGGAAUUAAUUUUGCGGCAAUUUGGGAGCAAUUUCUUUUUAUUUGUAAAUAUUGUAUAUAAGGUUGAAGCUCCGCGACCGGCUACCGUGCAUCGGGUUUCCUUGCGAUUCUUAUAAUUAUCUUUAUUUCAUAAAAUAAGAGUUUUUCUCUUAUUUUAUGAAAGUUUGAUUAUUUUGACAAAAAAUUAAAUUAUAUAUUGAUUGUAUCAAUGUAAAUAAAGUGAGCGCGGCGUAGGCUAGGGAUUGCCUAAUAGUUGUAGAUAGGAAUCGUUUAAAUAAUUGUAAACUGCCACCGUCAUAAGACAAAAUAUAUAAUUAAAGAUCGAUACAUGCACUAGGUAUGUAGCCCAGGGAAUAUUUUGCUUGUGAACUGAAUGGUUGUGUUGCGAGCAGUCACUAGUGUAGGGCAGCGCGGGGCCGGUCGAGGGCCGGUCGCGGACGGCGGUUAGUUGAAUUCCUAGUUAAUAAUAAUUAGCGGUGAACGUUGCGUAGGUUUAAUGUUUUUUAAUUCGCGAGUUGUAAAUAGUUGUCCCGCCCCGGGCCCCCGGCCCGGCGGCGAUGAUGUUUUCUGAACGCUGUCAAAAUAAACAAUUUCAAAACUUUA